UUAUUUCAAGGUUCUUGGUAAAGAUAUUUAUCCAGAAUUACAGGAGAGAAAGCUUACUACAUUAGAUCAUAUCUACGCUGCCAAUAUCCAGGCUGGGAGGAAUAAAUAUCGAACAUUGAAACGAAUUCGAAUGGGAAAUACUAAGCAGCGAGUCGAUCAAUUUGAAUGCAUGUAAUUAAUGCAAGGUAGGUUUGCGUUUUUUAUGCAAUAUUUGUAAUCCAAAAAUUGACUGGCAAGGACAUGAUCAAACUUCUUUCAGUUCAAGGACUUUAUCACACAUCAUCCAGUCCUAAGACUUGAUCAAACUUCACCCAGUUGACCCUAAGACUUGAUAAAAUUUCAUCCAGUCCUAGCACUUGGUCAAACUUCAUCCAGUCCUAGGAUUGGUCAAACUUCAUCUAGUCCUAAGACUUGAUCAAACUUCAUCCAAUCCUAGGACUUGAUCAAACUCCAUCCAGUCCUAGGACUUGGUCAAACUUCAUCCAGUCCUGAGGCUUGAUCACACUUCAUCCAGUCUUAGGGCUUGAUUAAAUUCCGUCCAGUUUUAGGGCUUGAUUAAAUUUCGUCCAGUCCUAGGGCCUCAUCAAACAUCCAGUUCUAGGACUUCAUCAAACUUCAUCUAGUCCUAUAGAACUUGAUGGAACUUCAUCCAGUCCUAAGAUUUGAUUAAACUUUAUCCGGUCCAGGACCUGAUCAAACUUCAUCCGGUCUUAGGACUUGAUCAAACUUCAUCCAGUCCUAGGACUUGACCAUACUUCAUCCAUUCUUAGGACGUGAUCAAACUUCAGCCAGUCUUAAGACUUAAUCAAACUUCAGCCAGUCCAAGGACCUGAUCACACUUCAUCCAGUCCUAAGACUUAAUCAAACUUCAGGCAGUCCUAAGACUUAAUCAAACUUCAUCCAGUCCUAAGACUUGAUCGAAUUUUAUCCAGUUCUAGGACUUGAUCAAACUUCAUCCAGUCCUAAGACUCAAUCAAACUUUAUCCAGUCCUAGGACCUGAUCACACUUCAUCCAGUCCGAAGACUUAAUCAAACUUCAUCCAGUCCUCCUAAGACUUGAUCAAACUUCAUCCAGUCCUAGGACCUGAUCACACUUCAUCCUGCAGUCCUAGGACCUGAUCAAACUUCAUCCAGUCCUAGGACCUGAUCACACUUCAUCCUGCAGUCCUAGGACCUGAUCAAACUUCAUCCAGUCCUAGGGGACCUGAUCACACUUCAUCCUGCAGUCCUAGGACCUGAUCAAACUUCAUCCAGUCCUAGGACCUGAUCACACUUCAUCCUGCAGUCCUAGGACCUGAUCAAACUUCAUCCAGUCCUAGGGGACCUGAUCACACUUCAUCCUGCAGUCCUAGGACCUGAUCAAACUUCAUCCAGUCCUAGGACCUGAUCACACUUCAUCCUGCAGUCCUAGGACCUGAUCAAACUUCAUCCAGUCCUAGGGGACCUGAUCACACUUCAUCCUGCAGUCCUAGGACCUGAUCAAACUUCAUCCAGUCCUAGGACCUGAUCACACUUCAUCCUGCAGUCCUAGGACCUGAUCAAACUUCAUCCAGUCCUAGGGGACCUGAUCACACUUCAUCCUGCAGUCCUAGGACCUGAUCAAACUUCAUCCAGUCCUAGGACCUGAUCACACUUCAUCCUGCAGUCCUAGGACCUGAUCAAACUUUAUCCAGUCCUAAGACUUGAUCAAACUUCAUCCAGUCCUAGGACCUGAUCACACUUCAUCCUGCAGUCCUAAGACUUGAUCAAACUUCAACCAGUCCUAAGACUUAAUCAAACUUCAUCCAGUCCUAGGAUUUGAUGAAACUUCAUCUAAUUUUAGAGGCAACAGAUUUUCUUAAUAUAUGUGAACUUUGUUUUUUAAAUAGAUUAAUCUUCACUGAAUAUACAAAACAAAGACCAUAUGCGCUGGACGUAGAAUAUUAUAGAGCUGUAUACUGUAGAAUAUCAAUUACAAAAGUUCAACAUACAUUGGUUGGAUGGACGUUUUCAGCAGUGCAAAACAUAACAUAAAACAGUAUAUAUUAAGGACAUCACAUUAUUUUUGCUUCAGAAACAUGUUAACCAAAGUUAUAUCGAGUUAGCGCACCGGAUUUACUCGAUUAAGCGCCGCAAUGUACAAGGGAAAUACAAGCAGUAAGUCUAAACCCUACGAAAUAAAUUUAUACAGAAAUAGGUAAAUAAAUAGCUUUCUAAUUUGAUAAAAAAGGAAAUACAGGCUGUGGCAUUUGAUCGAAUAAAUGCGGUAUGACUAUACUGGCUGUUAAAUUGCACAUGUAUUUGUAUGCUUAAAUUGAUAGCAGUAAUUAACCGAACUUUCCGAAUGUUUAGUAGCUUACAAUUUAAAAUGCAAUGUAAAAAUUCAAUUUGCGCAAGCCAAUUUUCCGACGAAGCCAUGUCUUGUUGACUGAGCAAAACAAGAAUAAGCUUAUUCCAUUAUAACUAGUACUGUGAAGUUUGAAAAAAAAUAGUAAUUAAACAGUUAAUCAUGUUUCGCUCGCUACUCUGAUUUAAAUAAAUUAUUACAAAGCCCAGUCGAAUUGUAAUCAAGACCCAACGUUUCGACACUCCAGUCUAGGUCUUCAUCAGGGGUGAUCUAAAGUUGCAAUCGUGACUUCUUAAAUACCCAAGGGAUGACGUCACCUGCCAAUGAGAUGCAUGUAUUCCUCUGGCAAAUAGGCACCGUCAUCCCUAUUCAAAGCAUGAUUACUCAUAUUUAUAUGCCACGCUUCUAGGCAUAGUCUUUGACCAUUGCGAUUGUUUGUGGUAAUUACUUUAGAGUUUUCCCUGCACGCAAUCUACAAUUCGACUGGGCUUUGUAAUCAUUUAUUUAAACCUGAGUAGCGAGCGAAACAUGAUUGAUAUACCUGGUUGCAGUGAACGAACAAACUUUAAACAGUUAAGUUAAUGUGUAUCUACUGUACAAACACCUAUUAUAAGCGCAAAAUCUAAUCAUAGAUAACUAAUAUCAAAGCGCGCAGUCAAGAUACUCGCAAAUCAAGUUAGUUUGAGACAUCCUCUACAAGGCUGUUAAUUUUUUCAAGUAAGAGCAUUCGACUGCCAAUUGAUCUUGACGUUCUAACGCUUAUCUCGGAAAAAAGGCUCGCAUAUAAUUCAAAAUUGCGCAAAACUGGUUUUAAUUGAUGGGACAAAAUUAAAGAAGGUAUGUCGAGUUGCGCACGCAGUUUUUAAAUCGCGUUAAUUAUGCGACGUCAUAGAACGUUUUAAUUGCGAAUUAUUUUUGCGCUACGACAAAAAGCAAGAAAUCGUGCUUUAACCAACAAAUGGUAAACACAAACUAGUUCAGAAAAAUGUCUGGAAAAAAGUAUCAGAAAAGCAUUGAAGAGCUGUGUCGCUCGCGUUUGUCCCGUACGGCCGGUGGCGAGAGGUGGCCUCCAUUGUCAGAAAAAUCUAGUCACAAUAUAUUGCCGCGCAGCCCCAGCCCACGAGAAAGUUUCUCUCGAAGUCGUCGACGCUCGGACCCAGCCAGACACUCGCUUCUUUCUGGGAGGCCUUUAUCACCUGAUCAUCGAGCAUGUCCCAAGCAAAGCGUGCACGAAGCGGUCGAGAAAAGAAAGCUGUACCAAGGCGUUCAGGAACAAGUCAAGAAGCCGUUCUUUCCUGGCAUUUCUUCCCAAGUCGUUACGCACGCUGAUCCGCCGUUUCCCGAUACAGAUACGCAGCCGCUACCGCCUAUUAACAUGCCCAAAGGACAGGAGAGUGUGUCGAAUACUUUAAAACAUGGUAAGUGUAUAAAAUUUCGAACUGCAGUUCCAGUAAAAAGGGCAACCUGUUGCUCCCGUGCUGCCCCCGCACUGUUUGGGCAACAGAGGCAGUUGCCCCCGUGACUUCGGCGCCCCUGGAUUUUUCAUCUAUUAAUUUUCAUCAUUUCUUUAUAAAAAAUACUCUCCAACCUGCAACGUUGCGUAGUCAGUUUCGGUGCUAUGUUCCCGAUUCUGUUUUACAACACAAGAAAGUGUUUUUUAAGCAGUAGCCAAGAUCGCCACGGUGAAAAGUAUGCUAUUAAUAGGGAUGUGUAAAUUUUGUCUGCCUCAUUUAAGGCAAUGCGAAAACAAGCUUUGAGCCGCAGUGCAUUUUUUAAAGGUGAUCUACAGUCCGUAUGUAAACAAAGCCUUUGUUUACAUUUUUGUGUCCAAAAUAUUGAGCUUUAUUCGACAACUAUUUAUAUUUUCAAGCUUCUAGAGUAUAAUAAAUGAUCAAGAAACAACAAUCAGGCUUUUCAAGAACUCAAAACAUAGUUAAACUCUAAUAAACUGUUUGUAUCAUAAAAAGUGGGCUCAUUUGUGCACAUGCGCAGAUCGGACUGUAGAUCACCUUUAAGGAUUCUUCAGUGGUGGAGCUAAACUGCCAAGGGGCCCAUUCUCUCCUUGCCCUCCCCUCUGGGUGGUAUGCGAUCGCCGAAGGUGUGGGUCUGGGGGCAUGCCCCCACUCCAGGAAAGUUUUAAAAUUGAAUCUCAUUCUGAGAACACAUUUUAAAAAAGAUCUCAGC